AUUGUAUAUAAAAACCUUGUCACCCUCAUUGACUAUUACAAGGAUAUUUAUAUUGAGACUUACGAUUUCCGAGAAACCAUUCCUUUCCGAGCCCCCCCUUUAAAGUUUAACCUCAACAAAUUUGUGUCUCAAACCCCACUCUAUAUUAAUAGAAUUAAGGUGCAUUUCAAUAUUCAUAAUAGUAACCAUCAAAUUUUAACCCAUACUUUUAUUCAACAAAGACAAAUAAUGAGUAAUCCUUCCCUUGUUUUAAAUAAAAUUGAUGACAUCUCAUUUGAAGAGUAUGAUUCUCCCGUGAUUGACACCCCUUAUGAUGUAAUUGUAGAGGUGAAAAAAACUGGGAUUUGUGGUUCUGACAUUCAUUACUAUGCCCAUGGGAAAAUCGGACCUUUCUUAUUAACCAAACCUAUGGUAUUGGGCCAUGAAUCCGCGGGUAUUGUUUCUCAAGUUGGUUCUUCUGUCACCGGAUUGAAAGUGGGUGAUAACGUUUGUAUUGAACCAGGGUUACCAUCCAGAUUGAGUGAUGAAUAUAAAAGUGGGAAGUAUAAUUUAUGUCCUCAUAUGGCCUUCGCAGCAACCCCUAAUUCCACAGAGGGAGAACCAAACCCUCCAGGAACUUUAUGUAAGUAUUACAAGUGUCCUGAAGACUUUUUGGUUAAACUUCCAUCACAUAUUUCUUUAGAACUUGGUGCAUUGGUGGAACCAUUAAGUGUAGGUGUACAUGCCUCGAAAUUGGCUAAAAUUUCACUUGGUGAUAAUGUAAUAGUUUUCGGUGCUGGACCAGUUGGGAUGCUUGCAGCUGCAUCUGCCAAGAGUUUUGGAGCUUCCAAUGUAUUGAUCGUUGAUAUCUUUGAUGAUAAAUUGGCCAUGGCCAAGAAAAUUGGAGUUGCUACUCAUACAUUUAAUUCUAAAACUGAAGGAAAUGUCGAUGAAUUACUUGCAAAAUUUGAAGGACAUCAUCCUACUGUUGUUUUGGAGUGUACCGGUGCUGGUCCUUGUAUCAACAUGGGUAUCGCAGCCUUAGCCCCUGGUGGGAGAUAUGUCCAAGUUGGGAAUGCCCCCGGUCCUGUAAGCUUCCCAAUUACUGAAUUUGCCACUAAGGAAUUGACCAUGCAUGGUUCAUUUAGAUAUGGCUACAACGACUACAAAACAGGUGUAGCUAUUUUAGAUAAGAAUUACAAAAACGGAAAGGAAAAUGCACCAAUUGAUUUCGAAGCUUUAAUUACUCAUCGAUUCAAAUUUAAAGAUGCAAUUAAAGCCUAUGAUUUGGUAAGGGGCGGAAAUGGAUGCGUCAAGUGUAUUAUCGAUGGUCCAGAAUGAAUCGAAAAAGAGUUGAAGCUGAAUUUGUAAAACGUCUAGUUCUUACUCCGUUGAUACUUAUCACUAGCUGGUAUCAUGAAUUCAUUGUAUUUUCCAUUCCACUGCGCCGGGAAAUAAAAGGGUUCAGGUCUAGUCUUUGUAUUUUUCCUAUAUAGCAAUAAAUAUGCAACUCACAC